AUGGUAGUCGAGGUCUGGGUGGAGGAAGAGGAGGAGGUGGUGGAGGUGGAAGAGGUGGAGACUGUCAGCAUCAUAAAGAGCAAACCGCUGCCGUUGGUACAGAGGGUCUCCAAGAGGGAGGUGGUGGCCGAGCUGAGGGAGGUGCCCGAACCGACGAAGAUGGACACGCGUUACUUUGGCGAGCUGCUGGCCGAUGUCUACAGGAAGAACUGCGACAUCCACUCCUGCAUCUCCGAGCACGUGUCCAAGAUCCGCGGACAGAAACACCAGCUGGAUCCCAGCAAUGACUACAAGGUGGAGAGAGAGGAGGUGGAGACUUUGAUUCCCAAAGGAGCCACUGAACUGACCAAACAACAGAUCCGCUACCUGCUGCAGACGCGUCUCACUGCUGAUAAGAGCAUGCGUCUGCUGCUGUCCACCUUCAGCAGUCUGAGAGAGGAGCUCCUCCACAUGUCUGAGGACCUGCGGCGUCUGGAGAGUGAGAAGGAGUCUUUGGAGAGAGACCUGAGUUUCAAAGCAGACCAGGCCCGGCAGUAUGACUGCCUCCUGGAGGCCGUCCGGGAAAACAACAGACAGCUCCAGCUGUCUCUGAAGGAAACCAGCGCCGCCCAGCGUUCCCUGGAGAGCCAGCUGAUGAGCAGCCGAAACACCGACUCGAGCCGCGAGUUCAAGAUCAGAGAGCUGGAGGGAACGAUGAGAGCGCUGGAGAAGGAGAACGAGAUGCUGCGACACAAGCUGGCGGGCCAAGGCAGCAGCUCCACCCUGCACAUCAAGACGGAGGAGCUGUCGCGUCAGUACAACGAGCAGCUCAGCGCCAUCAGACAGGAAAAAGACCACGAGAUACAGCGGCUGAGGUCCCAGAUGACACUGAUCCAGACGGAGGUCAGCAGCGAGAAGUCGUCCUCGGAGAAGAGCCUCCAGCUGAAGAUCUCCGAGCUCCUUGCCAUGUUGGAGCAGCGGCAGACCACCAUCACCCGACAGGAGGAGGAGAUCAGGAAGCUGAUGCAGGAGAGGAACGACAGCUCCAAGAACGUGACCAAAACCAUCAUCACCAAGAGGUACAGGAACCAGUACCCCAUCCUCGGUCUGCUCAGUGAUGACUACCAGGCCACCUCGCCCAUCAAAGAGGCCAAGACCAUUGUCAUCGAGAGAAGUGGAGAGAUGAUCAAACAGGAAAUCAUUACAACCCCUUAAAGACACACUGCUUCUCUCCGACAGGAAUGAUUGAACGACAAGACGACGAAGAUGUCCCCCCCCCCCCUGCAUGUUCCUCAUCUUCAGGGCUCCCAGAGCUGGUGGUGGUUGAAAUCCCCCCCCCCCCGAUUGAGAUCUUUGGUUUGACCAAAUUGGGCUUGUUUGGGAUUUUUUUUUUUUUUUUUUAAAUUAAAAAAGGGAAUAAACAAACUAAUAAUCAAAGACCAAAUCUUUUCAGACUAUACUACAGCCAGUUGGUUGUGCAAUGGAUUAAGGUGGCAGCAAUGUAGCAGUCACGACAACUGGGAACUGGGCAGAGAUUUGAGCUGAACAGGAAACAGCUGCUGGACGAGGUUAAAGUUUACGGUCGACAAAUGUCUGAGAUCACAAUUAACCAAGUAAAACUUCGCCUGUGUCCCAAACCGGCUUUUGAUUGGCUACGAGAAUCAAAGUGUAAUAAAGUCUGUGCUACUCUAACACGCUCGCUGCUAAAUUUAAUAUUUAAUCUCUCACUCGAUCUGACUCUAAAUACUAACACAUGGCAAACAGCAUUUCUAUGACGAAUAGAAUAGAACAUAUUGACUGUUUCGACAGCGCUCUGCAGUAGGGUUGGGAAUUGGGACGUAUAUUGCGCAUGAUGGAAUCACUAAACAGCUGUUUCUGUGAUAUAUUGCAAGACGGUCAUCUGUGAUACGGUACAGUGUAUUUACCUGAGGAGGAAAACGUUCGGAGGAAGACAGAACCCGUGUCGAAAAUCGAGAUGUUCCCUGCACUCGCCGCUUCAGUUUCACUCGCGUUCACGGGAAACUGAGAUUAAAGUGAGGCACAACACCGAACUGUCAGAGGGCAGAACGGUCAAGAGAAAGUCGCAGCUGUCUCGGUAUCACGGAGAUUGUGUCGCGAUACAUCGCUGUAUUACGAGUUUGUCCCAUCCCUACUCAGCUGGUGAGCUAAUAAGGGACGAGUAAGGCGGCAUUUGGCUCCACACGGAUGUUGUCUUCCCCGCUUCCAAUGUGCUCGGAUGACAAAUGGCUGCCAAGCAAAGUGCUACACGCUAAUUCCAAGCGGGUGGCCGUUGAAAAAAAAUGACGCACAGUCAAACCGGUCGAUCUGAGCGUGGUGUGGAUGGACGCUAUGCUGCCACUGUAACUCUAAUCGGAAAAAGGAAAUGGAGGAGCUCUGGACAGGUGGGAAGAUAGUUAGAUAAAUGUGGGUGGCGGUAAAGCAGCUCCAGAAAUAUCCGGGAAAACAAAAACAUAAGUAUUAAAUCUUAAAAAAAAAAAAGUUUAAUAUGCAGAGAUAUUCCGAUUAUAAUUUAUUUAAUACCAGUGUCAAUUCAAUGACUGAGUUUUGGCACUAACGCCGAAACUAUAGGUUUUCUCAGUAUCUUACUUUGAGCAAUAAGAAGAUGCUUUUCUACAAAAGAAGCCAAAGUUGUCAAAUGUUAAAAACACAAACAGCUGUGCAAGAACCUCACUGUCUAAAAAUUUAUUAUUCAAAACACAGUCAAUAUCCGAGUAGAGAACAAGUCAACCGGGCUACGAGUUUGAGAAAGCUCCUUGAUAGUUGUUGAUACGUGCUGCUACAGACACACGUUCAAUACCCAGACGUGCAAACGGAAGUCGAAGUUUAAAAUGUUGAAUUGAAGUUGGCGUAUCACGUCAGUCCCUGUGCCACGUUGUGGACGAGUUCAGAUCAAAACACAGAACAGGCCCCGAGCAUUUCUUCCGUCCGUCACUUGCCGGGGCCGGUUCGGUUUCGCCCUCGGAUUGCUUCUCGUGUUUCACGGCUCGUGGGGCUUCACUGAAAGGAAGGCAACGUGCCCAUGUGCAACCAAAUGCGGGCCGGUGUCACCAAAAGAGUGCCGUCUCAGCUUCCAGUUGUCACCAGUGCACACUGAGCCCAGACUGGCCCCAUGUAGCACGUAGCAGGAGAUCCUCCUCAAAGCCACCACAGCCACGCUAGCCCCGGGGACGAGGAAGUGGAUUGUGUUGCUAUGAUUGCUACUCUGCAUGUAAAUAUUUAUAUAUAUAUAUAUAUUUUAUUAUUUUUAAGAUGGGCAUGCUCAGUGAAUGUUUUCUCCAGUACGACUGUAGAGCAGCCCUCCUGCAUUAUGGUUUAAAGGGACAUUUGAAAAAUGUUCUGGUCGGGUUGUUUGCUUUUCCUUUGUUUUGUGCUAAAUCGUAGUUUAUAUCUGAACCUGUGUAAUGGUUUCCGACAGCGAUUUCCUUUGUGGUGUGUACGUCUUGAUAAUCUGUGAGGUGCACGGGGAAUGACACGUUCAACGUGCGACUGCGACACGUCUGUAUACGACAGUGGGAUCCGGGUUGGGGGCCGGGCGGUGCCUCACACCAGUCGGAGUGACA